UUGGAAUCUCUAGCCCGUUACCGACGGACUUUUAAUUUUUUUAAGAAGUUUAAAUUUGGAAUGUGGUUUUGUUGACUGUGAUGUGUUAAAAUAUUUUUAAAAUUUGGAGUCAUUCUAUUAUAAAAACGAAUCAUGAAGUCGGUGCUAGUGUUCCUGUCAGUCGUCGCCACGGCUUUCGGUUACAACAUCCUGUGUAUUCAAUCGGUGCCAUCGAAAAGCCACUACCAUCUGAUGAAGGGCAUCGUGGAUCCGCUCUUGAAAGCUGGACAUCAGAUAACAUUCGUAUCAACUUUCCCAGAAGCGAAACCAGUAAAAAAUCUGAAGUACAUCGAUAUUAGCCACAUACAAAUGCUAACCCAAAAUGUCGAUAUGAUAGAUCGUGCCAAGCAAGGUAUGUCAGUGGUCAGGGAGUUCGCGAGGAACAUUUCCAGAGACGCAAUUGGAACUCCUGCUGUCAAGGAGGCGCUGAUGAAGGAAAAGUUCGAUGCGGUCGUGACGGAGUGGUUUUUCUCUGACGUUGAUUCCGGAUACGCAGCCGUUCAGCAAGUACCAUGGAUACUCCUCAGCGGUAUGACGAUGCAUCCACAUAUGGAAAACUUGGUGGACACAGUUAGAUCCGUACCCAUGGUACCAGCCAUCAAAAACGACUCACCCAUACCAAUGAACUUUUGGAGUCGCCUCGUGAAUACUUUUGCAUUUAUAUACAUGUCCACGGGAUCGUUCUUAGACUAUUCGCUGGUAAAGUCCGAUUACGAAACCUACUUCACCCCCAUCGCAAAAGCCCGAGGAGUAACCCUUCCCUCCUACGAAGAAGCCCUCUACAACGUCUCAAUACUCUUCGUCAACUCGCACCCUUCCUUCGCCCCCGCUCAGGGUCUACCGCCCAAUGUUAUUGAAAUUGGAGGAUACCACAUUUCUGAAGAAAUACCCCCACUGCCAAAGGAAUUGCAAGAUCUCCUAGACUCCUCCCCCCAAGGUGUGGUAUACUUCAGCAUGGGAUCAGUCCUCAAGUCUUCACUACUACCAGAGAAGACUAGACAAGAUCUGAUCAAACUCUUCGGCGAACUGCCCUACACCGUGCUGUGGAAGUUCGAGGAAAAACUCGAAGGUCUGCCGAAAAAUGUCCAUAUCAGACCCUGGAUGCCGCAAUCUAGCAUUCUUGCUCACAAGAAUUUGAAAGUGUUCAUCACUCACGGAGGUCUGCUGAGCACGCUGGAGACGCUCCGGUUCGGAGUCCCCAUCAUAGCCAUCCCCGUUUUCGGGGACCAGCCCUCAAACGCGCAGAAAUGUGUGCGAGGAGGACACGCACUGAGGGUUGACUUCACGCCAGAUAUGGGGGCGCCGCUGAAGGCCGCCUUGUUAGAAAUGCUGAGCAACGACAGUUACUACAAACAAGCGAAGUACCUGUCUCAACUGUUCACUGACCGCCCUGUGAACACCACUCACCUCAUACAGCACUACGUCCGGCUCGCCAUCAAGACCAACGGCGCUCACCAUCUCCGCUCCAAGGCGCUCCUCUACUCGUGGUACGAGCUGUGGAUGCUGGACCAGUUUGCUUUCCUCCUCGUCAUAUUGUAUAUAAUAUACAGCGUGUUUAAGAAAAUCGUAGGUUUGUUUAGAAAAGAUAAAAUUGUCAAAAGCAAGAAAGAAAAAAGGCAUUAAGUAUUAUUUAUUUAAAUAAAGACAAUGAUAUUGGUUUUU